UCUGACAAUUACUUUCUCAUUUCCCUUCACUUUCCCUUCGAUUUCCUCAUUCCCGCAACCCCAUCUCUUCUUGCAUUAUCACAAAACAAUGCCUUUCCUUCUUGUAUAAUGCUCCCUUUUUUCUUUUUAAAUCCUUACUCCUAUUUGUUAAAUCUUCAAUUGGGUAUCAAGCUUUGCUCCUUGAGUUCACAAGAUCAUAUAGCUGUUGACCUUGCUUGUUUGUGGUUGGCUUAUAUUUUUGAGCUUUAUUAUCUUCCAAGUAUCUGAAGUCAGAAGUAAUCAGGAAACCAUCGAAUUCUUAGACUUUUCAUCUGAAAUUCAGUGAAAAUUUGGCUACAAGCAAUAGAUUACAAGCAAAAAGUGCUUCUGGGUUCCUAAGAUCUUCUUCAUCACCAUUUGAAUCUUUAUCAGCUAUGAUGGGAUUUCAAUCUAGCAAAACGAAAGGAGAUGGUCCAGAACCGUCUUCCCAAGUCCGGACUGAUUCUCAGUUUGAAGUUGAGUUGAGCUCGUACGAGGCUGCUUGUAGACAUGAUUCAGCUUUACAACAGUUCAAUGCAACACUCCAGGAACGUGCUAACAGUGUCAUUGGCACACUUGCUGCUGGUUUGGCUGUUCAAUCCUUAUCUUUUGACUCGUUCAAAGAGGUUAUUGGACAUCUUCUUGAAACGAACCAGGAAGCGGUCAAAAUCAUUUUGGAUUGUCAGAAAGAUAAAUGGAACAAUCCGGACUUGUUAUCUUUGGUGGAGGAAUAUUUUGAGAACAGUAAAACGACUUUGGACUUUUGCACUGCCCUUGAGAAUUGCCUCAAACGUGCUCGAAACAACCAAUUAAUUGUUCAGUUGGCAGUUAAGUAUUUUGACGAAGAGGGAGGGUUACAAGUUUGGACUGAUGAGAAGAAAUUUGUGAAGACCUUAGAAGAACUAAGGAAAUUUAAAGCAGCUGAGAAGCCGUUCACAGAGGAGUUCUUUCUACUGUUUGACUCAGUCCGUGGGCAGCAAGAACUAGUUCUACAGAAAUUGCUAGAUCGGAAGAGAAUCCUCCAUAAGAAAUUGAAAUCUCUGAAAACAAGGAGGAGAGUGUCAUAUGUCUUGUUUGUAACAAUUUUUAUCUCAGUGUGGAUUUUUUCCGUGGUGGCAGCAGCCAUAGCUGCACCGCGUGUUGUAACAGCUUUGGCAAGUGCAAUGACAGUUCCUGUUGGUUCACUUGGAAAAUGGUGCAACUGGCUUUGGAAGCGCUAUGAGAAUGAGCUGAAAGGGCACGAGGAGUUGAUAGCUACAAUGGAGUUUCGUACUGGCAUUACGAUCUAUGACAUGGAAAACAUAAGAUUGCUUGUCAGCCGAUUGGAAAUUGUGAUUGAAUCACUGUUGCAAAUUGCUGAUUUUGCCCAUAAAGAAGAAGAUGCGGUGAAGCUUGCAAUUGAUGAGAUCAAAAGAAAGUUUGAAGUAUUUAUGGAAAUCAUCGAGAAAUUGGGUCGACAGGCUGACACGUGUAACCAUGAUAUUAGGAAGGCGAGGACUGUGAUUUUGCAUAUGAUGAUGAGACGUUCUGGCACUUCAACAGCUGGAUGCAGCCCCUGGGAACUCUUGCAAUGACAUAUUUCAGUGUUGAUGUUGUAUCAAUUUUAUGCUCUAGGUAAUGAAAUUCCACCUCCACGGGUGAGUAGAUCUGGACUUGAUCCUACAUAUAACAAUUACAUUUUCAGCUGAUCUAAUUUUGGUUCAUUUUUAGACCAUUUGCUUUUAUAGAAAAAAUCUUCCUGGAUUCUAGUGUCAAUGUUUGGAUCUGCUUCCUGGGUUUGGCUUAGAUUGCUGUAAUCAUAAAUGCACUUGUCAUCACAAAUGGUAAAGGUAGUUAUUUGGUUUAUGCAAGUAGCAUGAUUGGGGAAACUGUGAAUUUUAAGCAUCAUGCGAGUGGUCUGUAGAAAGAUCAUGGGUAAUUUAUCCCAAGGAGAAGUGGCAUCUGUAACUUCUUCGAGUAAUCUUUCUGUCUCUAUCUUUGUUGAUUCAAAGUAAAUAUUUACGCCGAUUUGGAGAUUUCUUAAAACAAAAUUUUAACUUUUUGUAACUUGAUUUUCACAUAUGGUUUACAGAAUGUUACUCAUUGAGGGUUUCUAAAAUUAUUAAUAAUAUCAAGAAAAGAGAAAAUAAUUAGAAAUAAAAAAUCCUCCGCUUUUUAUCCAUAUUCAUAAGAAAAAUUUAAAUUUAUCCAGUUUUUGCUCUCAAUG